AUGCUCCUCCCCACAUCCGGCGCCCAAGCCGGGACCAAGACCAACUACGGAUACCUGCGGAAGAACCUACGCCUGGUUAUCGAGGAAGUCAGCGAAAAAGACCCUAACGACAUCUCUUACGUCUACAGUGGAUUCGCUCCACUCAGCGUACGGCUAGUCCAAUGCGUGCUACAAAAACCCUAUAUCCUCUCUCUAAUCAAGGGCGGGUCCCCUGCCACGUCAGUGAACAACGCUAGUACUGCUUCUCCUGGAUGGCUUGGAUUUGAGGAUGUCGUCAAAAGCGCUCGCGGCUCCACUUUCAGCCUUGUUCAAAAAGGCGAUGAUAAGGCUGUCCGGGCCCGUCAGACCCUCAGUGGAAAUGCCGCUACAAAGACGGUGUAUGUCUUCUUCCUUGGCGGUAUUACUUUUACAGAGAUUGCUGCGCUGCGUUUUAUUGCUGCCCAGGAGGCUCCCCGCAGACGAAUCAUCAUUUGUACAACGGGCGUCAUUAGUGGCGACCGUAUGAUGGACGUUGCUAUUGAGAAGCGUAGUUUUUCCAAGGCUGAGUAA